AUGUCUUCAGAGAAAACUGUGGAUGCUUCUGCCCCCAAAGCCAGAGGCGUCCACCAGCCCUCCACUGCAAUCAUCACCCCGUCCAGGAGGAAACUGGUCUCACUGGAAACCCAGCGCAUUGCUGGUGUUUUAGAUGAGUGCAUCCAGAAGGUGGAGGUUGUGUCCAUGCUGUCUGGGGCCCAGGCCGACCCAGGCCAUCUGUCUGAGAGCCUGGGACAGGGUUUAAUCCAGGCCCUGCUGGAGUACCAGCACCAAGGGCAGAGUCUCCAGGCCGUGAGUCAGGACAUGACAAUGCACGCACAAGCCGCCAAGACAGUCCGCAGCUCCCUACUCAACGUGCUCCGCCACGUGAGGGUGUGUCCGGCAGCAGGAAAGGCGCUGAGAGGUAUUGGCCAAAACUCUGUGGAAGGGGCGGGGUCUCGGAGGCUGGUGGCAGAGUUACAGGAGUUACGUAGUGUUCUUCUGGAAAGACUGCUGACCACGCCCGGGGAGGAGAGAGAGCAGGCCCGCCUCCUGCAGGAAACGACUCUACGUCAUCAGAGCAACCUGGAGCAGGUCGCCACACUAGAGCAGGAGGUCUCUGCCGCGAUGAAAGACAGAGAUGAGGAGAUCUCCAAAAAGAAUGAUGUGAUUAUCAGUCUAAAGAAAUCUCUGUACCACCAAGAGAAGUCGUGUGAAGACUUCAGGGAGAACAUGACACAAAAUGCCAAAAAACAGAUCCAGUCAGAUCAGAAAACAUCGGAGACUAAACAAUCUCGCAUGCAACAGGAGGCCAGUCAGCUCCGAGUCCAGCUGAACAACCUCAUCACAGAGAACCGAGAGGUGGAGAUGGCACUGCGCAAGAGGAAAUACAAAGUGGAAACAGAAAUAGAGAACUGGAUACAGAAGUAUGAUGCAGACAUGGGUGAAAAACAGGCGGAGCUGGAGGACCUGACUCAGGUGUAUGAGGAGGAGAAGGCUGAGUUGCAGGAGCUGCAGGAACACUAUGCAGUGCUGGAGCUGGAGUACAGUCAGAUCAUGGAGGAGAGGAGGAUAGCACAGGAGAGAAAGGAGGAGGAGGAGAGAGAGAGGGAGGUGAAGAGUCGUGCUGCCACUCUCAUCCAGGCGUACUGGAGGGGCUUCCGCGUGCGAACAUCCACCCGGGGAAAAGCCAAGAGCAAGAAGGGCAAAAAAGGGAAAGGGAAGAAGAACAAGUGA